AUGCUUCUAUUGUGUGGCUUGUGGGGACGAGAGGUUUUGUUCUCUGAAUUUUGUCCGAAUGCGGAUAUAUCUCAUGGGAAUAUGGGUCUCACAGAAGCUAAAUUUGUUGGAACUCUUCAAGGUAUAUGUAUGUCUUCUAGUUCUCCUGGACUGAAGUGGUACAGGGCAUACAUGCUGAGUUACUUUGGGCUAUAUGGUUUCCCUUGUAAAUUUGGGCAAUGUAUUGAGAGAGCGUUGCAUGAAAAUGAAAAUGCAGAUAUGCAAGUCAUUCUAAGAAGCGGGCACAGUCUGAGGGUGCACCGUGUCAUUCUUUCUAUCAGGUGUCCUUCGUUGUUUCCUCCUCGGAAUCAGGCUUGCAAAAGCAGGAAGUGGAGUCGGGCAAGGAAAUUCACUUGUCUUCGCAUGUCGGAAAUGAAGAAUUGA